CUGUAGAAACUUUCUAAUUGUAGGUGUUUGAAAAAUGGGAAAGACUCCAAGUCCUGGUAAAUGGAUCAAGUCUCUUCUUGGUAAGAAGUCAUCAUCAAAGUCAAGUCUGGAGAAAGGAAACGACAAAUUGAGAUCUGCAAAGAAAGAAGAGAUUGUGGUGAAGGUGAAGGAUACUACUAAUGUCUCAGACUUACCUACCAAUCCUCCUGUACUAGUUCCAUCACAAGACGUUGCAGCAUCUACACAAGCUGUAACAGUAGUCCCCGAGAAGCAUCAGCCAAGCGAAGAAGAAGAGUCGAAUGUGAAUCUUGAGUCAGGGGAUGAACUCAAGCUUGAAGAAGCUGCUACAAAGGUCCAAGCUGCUGUCAGAUCUCAUCAGGCCCGUGAAGAAUUUCAAAAGCUUAGAGGUAUCAUAAAGCUGCAAGCACUCAUCCGCGGUCGCUUGGUUAGAAGACAAGCUGUUGCAACGUACUCGUGCAUUUGGGGUGUUGUCAAGUUACAAGCUCUUGUCCGCGGGAACAAGGCUAGAUCUUCAGAGACUGUACUAGUUCAACUUCAGAAAACAAAAUCGGAAACUAUGCAAGGAAGCAGAUACAAAUGGCUUGAGAAUCCCACAAAGCUCUCCAUGAUUGAUAAGCUUCUAGUUUCUUCACCAACGUCAUUGCCUCUGAAGAUUCAGUAUGGUCCUGAGGAUCCUAACUCAGCCAAGGUGUGGCUUGAGCGCUGGACAGUAUUGCAGGUUUGGUCUCCUGGUCCACUGGUGGUUAAGAGCCCUGUUGCGAGAUCUCAGACAAAGAAGCGAAGUUUUCAAGCAGUUGAAGCAGACAAGGGAAAACAACUGAAGAAAGGUAUCAAGAAACCACCCGGUGGUGGUUUAACUACUGGGAGUAGCUCUAGUGGACGUUCUACAGCUGAAAAGGAAAAGCCUAAGACUAAUGUGAGGAAGGCUUCCACGCUUGGUAAAGAGGUUUCGAGAACCGAGAAUGAUAAGACUAAGCAGAACUCGAGAAAAAGCACAAGCGCUGUAAAGGAAGGGUCUUCGUCAUUGGAGGUUAAGGACGAGAAGCCUAGAGUUAGUCUCAAAAAGGCUACACUUUCCAAUGGGCUAGAGAAACCUACUCGCAAAUCUGCUGAGAAGAAGAAAGAGAUUGCAGAUACAGUGCCUGGUGACAAGGUUUCAGCUCCUGUUGUUGAUACUCCUGAAGAAGAGAAGGUUAAAGAUAGCCCUGAAACAGUUUCGAAAGAGGCAGAUCUCGAUAAAGAUGAGCAAGAUGAAGUCAAAACCGCAGAGGGAAAUGACAAAGCUGAAGAAGAGAUCCAAGAGCCAGACGUGCAGAUAAGCUCUGAGAAUGGAAAUGCUGGUUCUGAAAACACAAAGCCGAGCGAUAGAAGAGCUUCGCUGCCUGCAAAGAUUGAAACUCAUCAUCAAGAGGAUGGGCUUACUACACACAGCGGGAGAAAGAUCCCAAGCUACAUGGCUCCAACUGCAUCUGCAAAGGCAAGAGUAAGAGGAGGAGGACAAGGGUCUCCGAGGAUUAUUGGUCAAGAGAAGCCAGAGAAAAAUGGGAUAACUAGGCGCCACUCUCUUCCUCCUGGAGCAAAUGGUAAGCUGAGUACAAUGUCUCCAAGAGCUCACAGACUUCUCAUAGCUUCAGCUAAAGGAUCAAUGAACAGUGACAGAUCUUUUUCGUCUUCCAAGGACAUUGGUGGUGAUAAAUCGACGAAAGCUGAGUGGAAACGGUGAAUUUCUUUCAAGGCAAUAGAGAAGAAAGCAAAUCCAAAGAGUCAUCCUGAUCAUCUUACACUCUUGGAGAAAAAAGCUCUGAAACCUUUUUAAUCUGUUUUAACUGUUUUGUUUCUAUGUUUUCUGUGUGUGUUUACUUUGGUUUGGUGUGGUGAGUCUUUGACUUAUUAUUGUCCUUUAGAUUUUCUCUCAGAUGCUUUGUCUUCACAAACAAAAAAAGGUUUUUAGUAAAUAGUUCUUAUAAUGCUUCU